GUGUUACCAGAUGUGGCAGAAGAUACAAUCUCACCAACUAGAGCUCGGACCAUGAAGGACUAUGAAAAUCAAAUCACAGAUCUGAAAAAAGAGAACUUCAACCUGAAGCUUCGUAUAUACUUUCUGGAGGAGCGAAUGCAGCAGAAGUUUGAUGGUCCCACUGAAGAAAUCUACAAAAUCAACAUUGAGCUGAAAGUUGAGAUAGAAAGUCUGAAGCGUGAGCUGCAGGAAAGGGAGAAACUGCUCAUCAAAGCCUCUAAGGCAGUUGAAAGCUUGGCCCAGGGUGGUGAUGCUGAAAUACAGCAUGUGAAAGCAGAGGCACAAAAGAAGAUGCAAGAAAUGGAAGAGGUCCUGACUAGCAAAAUAAACUUUCUGGAAGAGAAUCUUAAAGCUGCCCAAGAAGAUGUGGAAAAAGCCAUUGCAAUGACAGAGAAGGAGAAAGCUCUGAGAACAGUGGCUGAGCAGAAACUUUCUUCAAUUAUGAAUGCUCCUGCAAAGGAUGUGGAUGUGAUUACAGGAGCUGAGAAAGACAG